UGUAGAUGGCAGCAGCAUCGCCCAGGUGACCAUUAAGACCAAGUAUACAAAACAAAUAUAGUGUUUUCUCCUCGCCAGAGCUCCACACAGAGUUCCUACGCCGAUGGAGAACACUCAGAGAACGUGCCCGGGCUAUUGAACGUAGCAACAACGGCCACAGAUGAACGAGAUAAGAGAAAACACGAUGGUAAGAGGAAACACUUGGGACUACUGAAAGGAUUUUGCCAAGGCAGCGUGUGCGUCCAAAGGAGGGGAUCUGGCGUGAUGGGGGGUGUGCUGUCUACCUUUUUUCAGUCUGGCAGCGCACUCCUUGCUUCCGGUAACCAUCGCACCGUCUCCGAGACCACCAAGAAAAACAUCCGCAUCGUAUUCGACGCCUUGCGGGCCAAUCCUAGGGUGACUGUUCAGCGGUUGGAGGGGCUGCUCUCGGCGAUUCCUAAGAACGAGAACCUACUCUUCGUCCAUAAUGAGGAAGGGUACAACCUAAUGCAGAAGGUCGUUGGUAUAAACAAUGUUGAGAUGGUCCGCUGGUGCCUGACGCGGAACUUGGACGUUAACCGCGGCGUGUGUUCCCUGCCGCUACACAUCGCUUGUCUGAGGGGAUACGAGGAUUGCGUCGAGGUCCUGCUCAAACACGGAGCCCGGAUCGAGAUGGAGGCUAGAAUGUGCUGGCCUGGCCCCCAUAACCAGAAUUGCGAACAGCGCGGGAAAUACUGUGUGCCCGACGUCGCAAUGGGGGAUAGAUCGAGCGACAAGCUGCAGAACGCUAUUUAUUAUGCUAUUGAUGGCGACCAGGUGGAUAUUCUAGAGCUAUUAACACAACAAGGGGAGGACCACUGGUUACCCUGGCAGCAGAAACGACCCUUGUUACACAUAGCUUGCGAACGAGGCGCUUGGAACUGCGUCAAGUAUUUGGUGCUUGAGAGGUCCGACGAGAUCAACCAAUGCUACGACGAGUACUACCCCAUACACCAGGCUGCCCUCCACGACCUCAAAUUCCUCGACCUCUUGAUCCAGUGCGGGGCGGAGACUACGGUACGGACCUACACUCAGCAGAUGACCGUUCUCCACGUGGUGUUUCUCCUGGGGAAGAAGACGGCGGAGGACACCCUGGAAACGGUCAAGUUGUUGCUCCAGCAUGGCCUCAAGGAGCACAUCAAUACAGCUGACUCUCUGGGGAAUACGCCUCUACAUGCUCUGAUUGUGAGAUACGCCCUGGAAGAAGCUCGUUACGGGUAUGAUCACGAUCCUCCUCCCUGGAACAAAUGGGACAUGCUCCUCAUCGUGCGGUACCUACUACAGAACGGAGCAUCGCCGAGCAUAAACCAGCAGGGUAACUCGGCCCUCGCCUGCGUCCUGCGUCACGUGAGGGACUGGGAAUUCCGUUACGAGCUCCUGGAUAUGUUGCUUCACUACGGCGGUAAUCCGAACCUCGUCGGAAGGGACGGUUCGGUGUCCUUGAUGGUGUGCCUCGUUCCUCUCAUCAACAAGGACCCGUUACAUCACUUUACCCACACGAUGAAGGUCUUCUACUUGAACUGCGUCAGAAUAUUAUGUAAGCACGGCGCCAAUCCCAACUGUUCGUCGAGAUCCAAUUUGACGCCCUUACACGUUCUCAUGUUCACCGCCAGCGAGAAUAUUUCCCUGUCGCGUGAGGAAGAAAAAACCGGCGCCUUUACCUUCAUACGUCAGCUGCUCGUAAUUCUGCUCCAACACGGCCUUGAUCCUAACGUCAGGUUCAGCCAGCGAACACAACACAUCCUGCUCUCCCUAAUGGACAUGGUACAAAAUGCUCGCACCUCCACCGACCUGGACCACGUGUACGACCUGACCACCACUCUCCUCCAGUACGGCGCCAACCCUAACAUCAACAUAUCCACCACCGAGCCCAUGAUUUGUCACUCGCAGUCUUCAGUCUUCCUCAAGAAGUCGUCCAAUCAGGUCUUAUACUACUACGUUCAGUUGUUGAUCAGGAAGGAGGAACUUUUGAUCGACCCUGAUCAGCGUUUCGCCCGUCUCCUCCACCUCUACUACCUAGCGAUGGACCACAAGGAACUACACCAGUGCCUCAAGAUACUCUACACCCAGACGUCGCUCGUGCCCAUGAAGCGGCCGUUAACCCAGGUCUUAAGGGAGCUGUACACAAAACCUCGGACCUUAAAGCAGAUUUGCCGAGUGAUUAUAUACGACUCCCUUGGCCGACGAUCUGCCCAGAACGUAAACAAACUUCCACUGCCGGGGAUGUUAAAGGAUUACAUUCUCAACUUCGAUCCUUAGAGCU